AUGUCCAAGCUCCAGUCAGUCAAGCGCUGGUUCAAAACCAAGUUCCACCUGGGCAAGAGCCACCCCGACUCUUUCCCGGCCGACCCGCCGGCCAGCCCUGCUGCCGACGACGAGGAAGACGAGGUCGUGACCUUCAUGGAUAUGCUCGACUACGAGCCGCGGCCGUCCCCUGCCCCGUCGUCUCCAUCGUCUCCGUCGCCGUCGUCGCCCACGCCCUCGUCUCCCGGCCUUCCGUCUUCGCCGGCCUCCAGUGGCUCAUCCUUCUUCCGCAGCCGGCGUCCCUUCCAUGUCUUCUCGACCGACCCUCCUCGCAACCAAGUUUCCGGCCGGCUCGGCCGCACUGGCUCGGUCCGGAGAAUCGCCAAACGAAAUUCCAGCGCCCCUGCCCUGUCCUAA